CCAUCUAAUUUCCAGGUUCGAUUGGCCGAUCGCUGUCUCGCCGCUCUCGUGCAGUGCCGGUUGCAGUUGGUGCGUCCGCGAUGGUGACGGCGAAUCUGCAGCGUUCCCUCGCCGUGCCCCCUUCCAUCAGGGCGUCUCCCUCGCCGACCGCCGUUGGCGCUGCCGUCGUGCAGGAAGGCAAUGGCAGGGACCUGGACUCGGCGGAGCAACUGGUGCUCGACCUCUGCGACCCCGCGCUGCGCGAGCACGCCCUCUUGGUCAUCUCUAAGAAAAAGGAGAUUUUUCAAGAUGCGUUGGCCCCGCUGUUGUGGUACUCGUUUGGUACUAUUGCUGCUCUACUAAAGGAAAUUGUGUCAAUCUAUCCUGCACUUGACCCUCCAACUUUAUCACUAGGUGCAUCAAACCGAGCCUGCAACGUACUUGCACUCUUUCAGUGUAUUGCAUCACACCCCAAGACAAGGAUGCUUUUCUUGAACGCUAAUAUUCCAAUCUUCAUGUAUCCCUUCAUGGUCACGAAAACCAACACAAGACCUCUUGAGCACUUGCGGCUUGCCAGCUUGGGUGUUAUAGGCGCUCUUGUCAAGACCGAUGAUCCUGGCGUUGUUGAGUUUCUGCUGAGAACUGAAAUAAUUCCUACAUGCCUGUUUUGCAUGGAGAACGGCGAUGAGCUGUCAAAAACCGUGGCUACCUUCAUUGUCCGAAGGAUUAUCUGUGAUGAUCUUGGAUUGCGUUACAUCUGCACCAACGCUGAGCGUCUGCUUGCUGUGGUCCAGGUUUUAGCGCAGAUGGUAAAUUCUGAGUAUCAGCUUGCUGUGGCCUCUGUUCAGCGUUAUCCUGCAAAGUUGCUCAAGCACGUUAUCCGGUGUUUUCACGGGUUAUCAGCUGAUGCCAGGGCAUGCGCUGCAUUGCAAAUCAUCCUCCCUGACGUGCUGAAAGAUGGGAAGGUUGAUACGUACCUUGUGGAUGACCUUGCAACAAGGCGCUGCCUCCAGCAACUGCUGCAUAAUGUGAAAGUGGGAGGCAUGGGAGGAGCUCCUCGGCCAGGCCUGGAUCACAUGAUGGGGAUUCUAACAAUUUAGCUAGCUGUUGCAAUCCACAGUAAUGAUACCUUAUAUUCUGUGAGUUGCAAGUAGGUUUUUGCCAUGUCAGAUCAACAUUUUUAAGAAGAAAAGAAAGGGGACUUAGUCAUGCUCCAAUGCUCGUCCCUUUUAUCUAUGCGGAGCCCUUCAAUUCUGAGCAAGGCAUGUAUAUCUAAUUUAGGCAGCAUUACAUACUCG